AAGCAAUAAAUACGUCACUAAAGUAUCUCCCACAACGAAUCAUCAUCCAUUGAUAAUGGCUAAGCUCUCUUUCUCCUCUGUCUUCUUCGUUUUCUCUCUCUUCCUCUGUUUCUUCUCGUCGUUCUCUUCUUGGGAUGAAUUAGAGUCUUACAUCGUUCAUGUGCAGGGAUCUCAUAAGCCUACUCUCUUCUCCUCUCACAAUCACUGGCACAACUCUCUCCUCCGCUCUCUACCAUCUUCUCCACAACCGGCGACGCUCCUCUACUCAUACUCACGCGCCGUUCAAGGCUUCUCCGCUCGCCUCUCGCCUAUACAGACAGCUGCUCUCCGCCGUCACCCUUCCGUUAUCUCCGUUAUACCAGAUCAAGCGCGUGAGAUCCACACCACUCAUACACCUGCCUUCCUCGGUUUCUCCGAUAACUCUGGUCUCUGGAGCAACUCCAAUUACGGCGAAGACGUGAUCGUCGGCGUUCUCGACACCGGAAUCUGGCCGGAGCAUCCUAGCUUCUCCGAUUCAGGUCUCGAUCCCGUUCCGUCCACGUGGAAAGGCGCGUGCGAGGUCGGACCUGACUUUCCCGCUUCGUCUUGCAACCGGAAGCUCAUCGGAGCUCGAGCGUUCUACAAGGGAUACUUGACGCAUCACCGUAACGGGACGGUGAGAGCAACAGCGAAGGAAUCGCGAUCGCCGCGGGAUACGGAAGGACACGGCACGCACACGGCUUCGACGGCGGCUGGAUCGGUGGUGGCGAACGCGAGCUUGUACCAGUACGCGCGAGGAGUGGCGCGUGGGAUGGCGUCUAAGGCGAGAAUCGCAGCUUAUAAAAUCUGCUGGACCGGUGGUUGUUACGACUCCGAUAUCCUCGCUGCGAUGGAUCAGGCCGUUGCUGACGGUGUGCACGUGAUCUCUUUAUCCGUGGGUGCUAACGGUUACGCUCCGGAGUAUCAUAUGGACUCAAUCGCGAUCGGGGCGUUUGGAGCCACGCGCCACGGUAUCGUCGUUUCCUGCUCAGCUGGAAACUCUGGUCCUGGUCCACAAACCGCUACUAACAUCGCUCCUUGGAUCUUAACCGUCGGCGCGUCAACGAUCGAUAGAGAGUUCUCAGCGAACGCAAUCACCGGCGAUGGAAAGGACUUCACCGGAACGUCGCUAUACGCCGGCGAACCUCUCCCUGAUUCUCAGCUUUCUCUGGUGUAUUCCGGCGAUUGCGGAAGCAGGUUGUGCUACCCCGGGAAGCUGAACGCGUCCUUGGUGGAAGGGAAGAUCGUUCUCUGCGACAGAGGAGGCAACGCCAGAGUCGAGAAAGGAAGCGCCGUCAAGAUCGCCGGCGGAGCAGGGAUGAUUCUCGCGAACACGGCUGAGAGCGGCGAAGAGCUCACCGCGGAUUCGCAUCUCGUCCCGGCGACGAUGGUCGGAGCUAAAGCCGGAGAUCAAAUCCGCGAGUACAUCCAAAAGUCAGACUCUCCUCCCACCGCGACAAUCAGCUUCUUAGGGACUUUGAUCGGACCUUCUCCUCCUUCUCCUAGAGUCGCAGCCUUCUCUAGCCGUGGACCGAAUCAUAUAACUCCGGUUAUCCUCAAACCGGACGUGAUUGCGCCAGGAGUUAAUAUAUUAGCCGGUUGGACCGGAAUGGUUGGUCCAACCGAUUUGGAUAUCGAUCCGAGACGGGUUCAAUUCAAUAUAAUCUCCGGUACGUCGAUGUCGUGCCCACACGUCAGCGGACUCGCCGCUCUCCUCCGUAAAGCUCAUCCCGACUGGUCACCGGCGGCGAUCAAAUCCGCCCUCGUGACAACCGCUUACGAUACAGAAAACUCCGGCGAACCGAUCGAGGAUCUCGCCACCGGUAAGCCGUCGAACUCGUUCAUCCACGGAGCUGGACACGUGGAUCCGAACAAAGCCUUGAACCCUGGUUUGGUCUACGACAUCGACGUCAAAGACUACGUGGCCUUCCUCUGCGCCGUGGGAUACGAGUUCCCGGGGAUUCUAGUGUUCCUUCAGGAUCCAACUCUUUCCAACGCCUGCGAGACGAGCAAGCUGAGAACCGCCGGCGAUCUCAAUUACCCAUCGUUCUCCGUCGUUUUCGGAUCGACGGUCGAUGUUGUGAAGUACAGAAGGGUUGUUAAGAACGUGGGGACCAAUGCUGACGCGGUGUACGAAGUCGGAGUUAAAUCUCCGGCGAAUGCGGAGAUCGAUGUGUCUCCGAGUAAGCUUGCGUUUAGCAAGCAGAAGAGCGAGUUGGAAUACGAAGUGACGUUUCGGAGCGUUGUGCUCGGCGGCGGAGUUGGAUCCGUGUUGGGUCAUGAAUUCGGGUCGAUCGAAUGGACAGACGGUGAACACGUCGUGAAGAGCCCGGUGGCUGUUCAGUGGGGUCAGGGCUCAGUUCAGUCAUUCUGAUUGAUACGUAUUGGGUUUUAUUAAUGGGCCUAGUAGUAAAUGGGCCGAUAUAUUUACUCAUUGUUGAGCUCUUACUCUUGUGUUAGACCAUUACGCAUGGGAGUAAAUGAGCAGAAAUUUCGAUUUGCAUUUGUAAAAUUAGUUACCUUUUUUAUUUAA